AUGUCUCCUGCGCAGCAACACGCCGGCGAUACCGCCCGGCCACGGCCCCAGAAGCGCCGCAGGACCGACCGGGGACGAACUCGCAGCGUCUCGCCGCCCGACGUGCCCCUCAACGGGGCGGCUGAUGAGGACGACGAGGAUGCAUCGGCGCGACGGAGGCGCGCGCCCAUUGCGUGUCGCGUGUGUCGAGCUCGCAAGGUCAAGUGCUCCAACGAGAGGCCGACGUGCGCCGGGUGCGCGCGGUUGGGCUGCGAGUGCGUGUAUCCGAAGCCUCCCAGAUACGGGGCAGACUCUCCGGAGCAAGUGAGUCCGCAAGUCACGCAACUUUUGCAGGAGAUCUUGAAGCGACUGCCAUCGACUGUUCCAUCAGACCUCGAUCAACAGGCCAUUACGCCUCAAGCUUCACUGGGCCGGUCCGCCGGCAUAGCAGAGCCCAUCACAUACGACACCUCCGGCAGAUCAUUCUCUACGCAGAGAUGCCCGAGCCCAAACCCCGGCGACUCGGUAGUGGGCGUGUCGCCGGCCUUUACGAGUCUGGACCACAUGUUUCAGUGGCCACUGCUGUCCGUCAGCGGAGGCGAUCAGUUCAUGCCGGGCAACAUCCUCGCAGCCGACCACCUGCAAGCACCGCCGCAGGCCGGGAGCCCCAGCGCCGGCGUGCCACUCUUGGAUGGAGAAGAAAUCACGGCGUUGUUGACGAGAUUCCUCAGAUUGGUCCAUGUGAUGAACCCGGUGCUGGAUUGCACCACGCUGAUGACGUACGGGCGGGCAGUUGCAGAGCUCGGCCCGCAGUGGGACGCAAAGACGUGUCUGGUGGCAAGUUUCCUCGUGGUUUCGCCGGGUUUGAUGCAAGCUAAUCGUCUUGACCAGUUACUUGCCGCUGCUCUGGGUGCCAUCGCUCGGCCAUUCGGCCCCGGCGCUGAAACCCCGUCGUCUCUCGGCAGUUCCGCCUCGCAGCAGGAGGACACGCAGGCUCGCAAAAAGGCAGAGUCGUACUACCAAUACGCUAAGCGCCGGUUCGGCGUCCUGGGACGGAGCCUCACGGCGUGCCAGUGCCAUUUCCUGUCGGGGACAUACCUGCUCUACACGCUUCGCCCGGUGGAGGCCUGGCAGUCCUUCUUCCAGGCAUCCUCUCUUUAUACCGUGUACCUCAAGAGCCGGGCGGCGGCGCAGAUGAUUGGCGACGGGCACUGCUACGAAGAUGAGAUGGUGGGGGAUGCGCAUUGUUCCGACGAGGAGCUAAGGUGCUGCCUCGAGCAGCGGCUGUUCUGGAGCUGCAUCAAGUCCGAGAGCGAAAUAUGCGCCGAGGUCGAACUGCCGCGGUCCGGCCUGCACAACAUCGACUACCCGUACCAGUUCCCCUCGCCACCGACCCCAAAGAGCGUCGACGGCCUCAACGACACCGACCAAGCAUCCAUGCCGGGAUCCUCGUCCGCCACCGCCAACUCCAGCCCCGCCGGCGUCGCCGAGACGCAAGACUUCAAGGAGCUGCACGAGCACUCGUGGUUCUACUACCUCUCCGAGAUAUCGCUGCUCCGGCUCUCAAGCCGCGUCAACCACGCCUUUUACGUCGAGCCGCCGCCCUCGUGGGGCAAGAUGAACCUCCUCAACAUGAUGAACGCGGCCUGGGACUUUGAGGCCCAGCUGCGCCAGUGGCAAGCCAGCCUACCCCACGCCAUCUGCUGCUUCGACGUCCCGCGGGGGGAUACUCUCGCCUCCGUCACGCGGCUGCAGCUGGCGACGUGGUCGCGCUGCGCGAGUAUCAAGCUGCACCUCUACCGGCCGUUCCUGUACCGCUUCGCCCUGAUGCAGGAGCAGGACUGGCCGCUGAGGGACGCGCUGCGGCAGCUGGCUGAGCGGGCGGUGCUUCUGAGCCUGGAUCCGCUGUUCUCGGUCGGACUGCGGCACAGGCACGCCGGCGCGUGGUUCAAGUGCCGCGAGACGGCGGCGCGGGCGCUCGUCGUGCUCUGCGCGCGCAGGAUCGGGCUGCUGGAGGAGAUGGGCUGCGCGGAGAGGGCGGGGGAGGUGCUGGAUCUUUGCAUGGCGCAUUUGCGGUACUGGGAAGGGGAGGCAGGGGAUGUGCGUCUGGCACGGCGCACGCUGGAAGCCAUGUGUUGA